AUGUUUGGAUCGUACUCCGUGAUCAACGUAAUCGUCCUGCUGAAUCUUCUCAUUGCCAUGAUGUCUAACUCAUAUGCUAUGAUUGACAAACAUUCUGACGUCGAAUGGAAGUUUGCACGCGCCCGUUUGUGGAUGAGCUAUUUUGAGGAAAACGCAACGUUGCCUCCGCCCUUCAACAUAUUUCCCACACCAAAGUUGUUCUGUAAAUUGUCGGGACUUAGGCAGAAAGAUAAGUUAAGGAAAAUGAAGAUAAAGGAGCAGAAAGAGAAAGAAUAUGACAUCCGGUAUACAGCAGUCAUGCGUGCUCUUGUUUGGCGAUACGUGUCGUCAGUGCACAGAAAGAUGGACGAAGAACCGGUCACAGAAGAGAAUAUUAACGAACUCAAAAGUGAUGUUUCUGCUCUGAGAUACGAACUAUUAGAAGUAUUUGAGAAGAACGGCAUGGAUGUAUCAUUUACAGACAGGAAAGAAAAGACGGUCCUUGCAAAACGUACGAAAAUUUGGGAGCGUCGUCUUAUGAAAGAUUUUCAAGUUGCACCAGUACCACCUGUAGAUGAUGAUGAAAGGCAUGAAACGGCCUUGGAUAGAUUCAGAAGAAUUGCCAAGAUGGCAAUUUCAUAUAAUAGUAAUUCAAUGUGGGAUAAAACUCUUGCUGGAGUUGGUAUUUCUACGCAAAUCGGGCGCUGUCGUACUAGAGAGUCAUUCAAGAAUCAGCAGAAUUUACAGAGGGCUAUGGAAGAAGCCAGAAAACUUGUGACGCGUUCACCACUACCAGAGGUAUCCCGAGAAUCAUCUCCCAUAGAGAUGCUAUUAGCUCCCGGUAGUACAUUGUUAGAACUCAUCAAAGAUAUAUCAACAGAAUUGAAACGUCAUGCUGGGAAUGCUUCACCUCUACCUAAAUCUCCUUGGAAAGGUCCAGGUGAUGGUCCUACGGUAGGAGGAUUUGUAAACACAAGUGCUGUUCCUAACAGAGCUUCGUCUCCUGUUGUUCUUAUAACUGGUCCAGCGUCUGCAAACUUAUCCAGAAGCACAUCACCCGUUUCUCGGAGACUUUCAUCGAGACCUUUAUCGCCAGCGUCUGAUUUGGCACCACCCGUCGUCAGAAAUGACACAACUUCAUUAAGAACACCGACGCCGUCACCCGGUGAUUUAACACAAAAAUCUAAGCAAUCAGAAACUCCGGUUGGAUUAAAUGAACAGACGGGUAAUGACACCAAAGAAGAUAUAGCAUUAGCAAGACCAGUAGUAUCUGAAAUCAAACCUACAGAAGGAGCAUUGCCACCACCACCGGCUAAGGCAAAGACUCCCGUGGCACCAACAGUGGAAGUGACGGCGAGUUCGCCUUCUAUUCGAUCUGUUGCACCAUCAACACCUAAAACCUUGUUUAAUAUUCAUAAAACUUCAUCAUUUUCUCGGCCUUCAUCACCUAGACCUUCUUCCCCGCAACCCAAAACUACUGCACCAUCGUCCACAUCGAGCACAGAGCAACUGAUUCCAUCGCCGGGCCCAAAAACGCUACGCCCCAUUAAUAAAAUAGAUGAUGUUAACACUAUUAAGCGACAACCCAAAACUGGAUGGCUUUGA